GAGCUACUUUGGUACUUUGAUCCCAACAUAUCAACAGCCAUUCAAGCAUCUGAGGAGGGUAUAUGUGCAGCACAGAGUUUAACAAUGGAAUCCACACAACCUUUAUACAUCUGCAUCUCAGAAGAAAAUAAGGAAUUUCUAAACUCUGGAGAAUGGGACUAUGGGAUUGUUGUUACAGAUCUGAAUCCAUAUGUGACUAAUAGUGAGCUUCACAGCUUCUUUCAAAAGUUUGGGACAAUUACAGAAUGUAAUAUCAAGACUGACAAGUCAUCAGGAUGGCCAAAGGGUGUGGGCUUUGUGAGAUAUUCGUCUUCAAAAGAAGCUGAAGCAGCACAAGCAGAUGGGCCACACAAUCUUGGAGGUUUUCCGAUAUUGAUCAACAGAGUUGUUACACCAAAAUUAAAUCAAGCCUGUCAGUUAAAUACUCAAGACCAAUCCUUUCAGCCAAAUGUGUGUGUGAACUAGAAGUGGAAUAGAAGGACAUCAACCGUUUGCUGGCUGGAGUGAUUUGCACUAAACCUCAUCCUACCAUUUUACUGAAAGAAAUGUUAACUAAAUGUUUCUGUAUUUCAAUGUAAAUUGUUACAUUUUCUACUUUCAUUAUUACAUUAAAAAUCCUGUUCGGUUUAAUGUUGAUAAAAUGCCCUAUAAUGUGAAUGAUCGCUUUUUUAUGUAUGCCUGAGAUUUUGAAUAAAUGUAUCCUUAGAGCAGUUCUUCAUGUCUUUU